UUUGCUAACCUUCAUUUAUUAUUGUAUUACGUAAAACUCUGCUGGGCAGAACACGUUAAAAUUAACAUUAUCUUUUAACAAUUAACGAUUAUUCAAAUAUCUGUUUUACAGAGCAUAAAAAAUGUCAAUCUACAAUGUUACAAAUGUAUUUCCAAACAACGCUUAAUAAAUAUAGUAGAGAAGGUGUGAGAGGUUAUGCCGGAGUGAGAACACGUAGAGAUAGAUUUUUCCGUUUUUUUGGCUACCCGGUUGUGUGUGAUGAUUCUGUUUAUCCUAAUAAGUUUAAAUGUUGAUGAAUAAGUCUCUCUUGUCAGUGGCACGAUAAAGUUGAAUAUUAUUUUAACUGGCAGUGCAAAAUUAAUUAUGGAUGGCAGUUGCUUUUAGCUCUUGUUCUUUUUUCUGUUUGGAAUUGAGCAUUCAAAUUGGAGAUGGGACGGACAGCCACCGUCGCGGUGUGUACCCUCAACCAAUGGGCUAUGGAUUUCGAGGGCAACCUCAAGAGGAUUCUACUCAGCAUACAGCAAGCUAAAGAAGCAGGAGCUAGAUACAGAAGCGGUCCCGAGCUUGAAAUAUGUGGCUACAACUGCGAAGAUCACUUCUACGAGUCGGACACGUUGCUGCACUGUUGGGAAGUGUUGGCCGUACUGUUAAAGUCACCCGAAUGCGAGGACAUGCUCGUCGACGUAGGUAUGCCAGUGAUGCACAGGAACGUCACCUACAAUUGCCGAAUUGCUUUUCUCAAUCGACGUAUCCUUCUUAUCAGACCGAAAAUGGCGAUGUGUGACAAUGGCAAUUACAGGGAAUCCAGAUGGUUUUCGCCCUGGUCAAAGGAGCGCACGGUCGAGGAGCACUUUCUGCCAAGAAUGAUUGCACAAAUCACGUCGCAACAGACGGUGCACAUUGGCGACGCGGUGAUCGCCACACACGAUACCUGCAUCGGUUUCGAGAUCUGUGAGGAGCUUUGGAAUCCGUCCAGCAAUCACAUACCAAUGGCACUUGACGGCGUCGAGAUCAUAUCAAACGGUAGUGGCUCUUAUUUUGAGCUUAGAAAGGCCUACGUCACGGUCGAUCUUGUCAAAUCGGCUACCUACAAGUCAGGUGGUUGUUACAUGUUUAGUAAUAUGCGCGGAUGCGAUGGUGCGAGGGUUUAUUUCAAUGGCGGUUCAAGCAUUACCGUUAAUGGUCAGGUACUUAGCAGAAGCAAACAGUUUGGACUGGCUGAAGUUGAAGUUACUGUUGCUACCGUUGAUCUUGAAGAUAUUAGGAGUUACCGGAACAGCAUUCGCUCAAGGACGUUCACCGCCUCGAAAACCAAUCCGUAUCCGAGAAUUAAAGUGGAUUUCGCGCUAACCUCGGACAGUCUAAUUUUUAAUGCUCCAGAUGCGCCGAUCAAUCUCAAGGAUGACGAGGCAGAAGAAUCUAAAAUAAUCUACUACACGCCCGAGGAAGAAAUCUCGAUGGCACCUGCUUGCUGGCUUUGGGACUACUUACGGCGCUCAUGUCAAGGUGGCUUUUUCUUACCACUGAGUGGCGGUGUCGAUUCCUCAGCCACUGCUUGUCUAGUUUAUUCGAUGUGCUGUAUGAUUGUCGAGUCUGUGCAGAAAGGAGACGUGCAAGUUCUCAUGGACAUAAGAAAAAUUGUCGGUGAUCCGGAAUAUGUCCCAACGGAUCCGAAACAACUUUGUAACACGCUUCUUGUUACUUGUUACAUGGCAACCGAAAAUUCCUCGACCGAGACAAAGUCAAGAGCGGCCGAUCUUGCAAGCCAACUUGGCGCUUGCCAUCACAGUGUUAUUAUCGAUACUGCUAUUUCGGCGAUACUCGGUAUAUUUUAUCAGGUGACAAAAUUAAAGCCUCGAUUCAAAGUCCAAGGUGGCUCGCCGAGGGAAAAUUUGGCUCUCCAAAACAUUCAGGCGAGAAUACGAAUGGUGAUCGCUUAUUUAUUUGCACAACUCAUGCUUUGGGUACGUGGCAGACCAGGUGGUUUACUCGUUCUCGGAAGCGGCAACGUCGAUGAAGCAUUGCGAGGCUACUUUACCAAAUACGAUUGCAGUAGUGCUGAUAUUAAUCCCAUUGGCGGGAUCGCUAAAAAUGACUUAAAGAGUUUUCUUAUAUUUUUCCGGAAAAAAUAUAACCUUCCAGCCAUUGAUCAAAUCUUAGAGGCUCAACCGACGGCCGAACUAGAACCUCUUCAAGCCGGACAAUUAGUACAGCUCGAUGAAAUUGACAUGGGUAUGACUUAUGUAGAAUUAGGAAUUUUCGGACGUCUCAGAAAACAAAAUUGUGCGGGUCCACUUUCCAUGUUCUGUCAACUUGUACAUACAUGGAAUCACCUUUCACCAAAAGAAGUUGCAGAUAAAGUCAAACACUUCUACCGUUGUUAUGCCAUCAAUCGUCAUAAAAUGACUAUAUUAACUCCAUCCUGUCAUGCUGAAACUUAUAGUCCAGAUGACAACCGAUUUGACCAUAGACAAUUUUUGUAUAAUCACACGUGGAAGUGGCAGUUCAAUGCGAUUGAUGAACAGCUGCAACAACUACCGAGCGAAGGUAGUUCAUCGUCCAAAUCUAGAAAAAAUGCUCCGAAAGUUCCAGCAAAACCAAGAGUCAUACCAAUGAGCUCUGUUGUCAGUACUAAAACACACCCAGGAGUAGUAGUAUAAGAGUAGUGUUAUAUAAAAGAUUUUAUUAACUUUAAAUUAAACAAAAUAUUGUUGAUUGAAUAGCAUGAAAAAAUUCAAUUGUAUAUUUGUAAGUAAACUUUAAUUUUUUGUAAAAUCAAAAUUUACUACGAGAGGAUUGAUAUUUUAUAAGAUCGAAUGACAUGUUUUACAAAGCACACUCAGUACAAAAUAAAUGAAAAUUUAUUUUUUUG